AUGCCGCCUCGAAGUGUAUGCUUGAAUGUCUUCACCACAAGUCUUGGCGAGGCCGGCGCGGCGGUGAGGGAAGGACGAGAGGUCAACCCACAUGAACUCACCUUUGGGAGGAGGGACUCUGCGCAGAGCCUGCCUGAUGAUGACACCGCUCGCCGAUCGUCCUCAGGGUCAAUCGCCCCUUCCUCAGCCUCAACGUCGCCACCACCAGCGUUCAACCGCGCAGACUUCUUCACUUCUUUGCGCCCAGCAGCUUCGACUGAGAGUCUGAACUCCGCUUUUGCUUUCGCUUCCAAACCUUGCUCAACAUGCUCCGGCCAAACUGCCAGACUUCGUUGCUCACGCUGCAAGAACGCAUACUACUGCGACAAAGCCUGCCAAAAGUCAUCCUGGAAAGCGCACCGCACAGUCUGCGAGCCGGUCUCGCAGACGCAGGGCUACUCUGCACCAGCAACACCCAACUUCUCCAACCCCACCAGUCCUACCAACGCCUGA